AUGUAAUUUAUAUUAAUAUUGGUUCUCGCACUUACAACACUAUCAUAAUCAAUCGAUUAUGCUUUAUCAAUAAAAAAUUCAAACUCUUAACCCUGGGAAAGAAUAGGGGAGAUGAAAGUAUCUAGAUCCAAUUUUUAAAAUGCCCAGAUCAACUUAAAUCAAAAUAGAUAGCAAAUAGUAGAUCGCAAAAAAAUGAAUGAAAAUACUUAUGCUUUAUUGAAAUUGUAAAAUUUACAAGAUGAAAAAUCUUAUAUUGCACAUAUAGAUGGGAAAUAAUUAUCUCUUUUUAAUUAGAAAUCCAAUUAUUAAGAAAUAAUUACUUUAGUUUUAUCAAAUAAUGAUUUAUUAUCUUUUGAUUAUGCAUUAAAACCUGUAAGGAAAAAUGCCGAAACCUAUAUCCAAGUUUAAGUUAAAGAUUUGGAAGUAGCUCCACAAGGAUUAAUACCACAAUUUGAUGAAAAAAUUCCUGAAGAAGAAGAAUAAAAACCGUAGGGAAUUUUCGGAAUAAUUUUAUAAUAUAAAUGGUAUAUAAUUAUUGGAUUUUUUGUGUUUUUCUUAUUUUCACAAGCUGAUCCCUAACAAUUAAAUGGAACUGCUUAAUAACCAUAAGAAUAAGCAUAAGCAUAAAGAAGAAGAAACAAAUGA